AUGUCUGAAUCCAAGAGCACAUCUUGGGCGGAUGAGGUUGCAUCACCAUCUACUGAAAAAAAUGAGGAGAGCUCUUUAGAGGACGCACAAGUCGAUGGAGCUACCGAGCCUUUAGGAGGUGGUACUCUCCAAGACGGUCAAUAUGAAGUUGAGGUUAAGCUCAGCGACAUUCAGGGCGAUCAAACCAGUCCUUUAUACUCUGUAGAUACAUUCGAACAGUUGGGGAUUGACGCUUCGAUUCUCAAGGGUCUCUAUGCGAUGAAUUUCAAAAAACCUUCUAAGAUUCAAGAAAAAGCUCUACCACUCUUACUUGGCAACCCACCAACAAAUAUGAUCGCGCAAUCACAAUCAGGCACUGGAAAGACUGCCGCGUUCGUCAUCACCAUCCUAUCUCGUCUCGACUUUUCAAAGCCAACCACACCACAAGCCUUAUGUCUGGCACCAAGUCGUGAACUUGCCCGUCAAAUCGAAGGUGUUGUCAGAAGUAUUGGACAAUUCGUCGAGGGCUUGUCUGUACAGGCAGCCAUUCCAGGUGCGGUGGAACGAAAUGCUAGAGUAAAUGCAAUGGUUAUUGUGGGAACACCUGGUACCGUGAUGGAUUUGAUCAAAAGAAAAUCUAUCGACGCAUCUCAAAUGAAGGUUCUAUGCUUGGAUGAGGCGGACAACAUGUUGGAUCAGCAAGGUCUCGGAGAUCAGUGCUUGCGAGUUAAGUCGAUGAUUAAAGUUGAGCAGAUUCUACUCUUUUCUGCAACUUUUCCCGAUGAGGUCUACGGUUUCGCUCAGCAGUUUUCGCCCCGUGCAAAUGAGAUCAAGUUAAAGCGCGAUGAACUUACUGUGUCCGGCAUCAAGCAGAUGUUCAUGGAUUGUCCAAAUGAGGUUGGAAAGUAUGAGAUUUUGGUCAAGCUCUAUGGUUUGAUGACAAUUGGCUCCUCAAUCAUAUUUGUGAAGCGAAGAGAUACUGCCAGUCACAUCGCCGAGCGAUUGACAGCGGAAGGACACAAAGUCGCCGCCAUUCACGGAGCCUUUGAAGGUGCGGAGCGAGACACAGUACUUGAGGAUUUUCGACAGGGAAAGGCCAAGGUCCUUAUCACUACAAACGUUCUUGCCCGAGGUAUCGAUGUUCAAUCUGUCUCAAUGGUCAUCAACUAUGACAUCCCUAUGAAGGGUCGAUCUGAUUUCGAGCCCGAUCCAGAGACCUAUCUGCACCGUAUUGGUCGAACCGGAAGAUUCGGACGUGUCGGUGUCAGCAUCAGCUUUGUUUUCGACAGAAAGAGUUAUGAUGCACUUAACAAAAUCGCACAUCAUUAUAACAUUGAUCUUAUCAAGCUCAACCAGGAUGAUUGGGACGAGACGGAGGAAAUUGUGAAGAAAGUCAUUAAAUCAAGCCGUGCUGGUACCAAUUUACGGGCUUGA